CCCUAGGUUUGAUAACACUAUCAAAGUUCUCUGCGGUGUGGACUGUGUGACGAAAGACAAGGGGCGAGUGACUUCUGCAAGGUGAUGAUGUUCGUGCUGUUUUUCGUGGCAUUAAUCCCAAUUUGCUAUUGAUUCAAAAGGGAAAAAAUUUCGCGAGACCAACUGAUUCAGUGUGACUCUGAGGCAAGCCGUAAAGUCAGUCGAGUGGAAGGCAAAGUAAUUGCUUGGUGAAUGUGGCAAGAACAGAGAUGCGUGUAGUUAAAUUUAAUUAAUUUCCUAUCCGACAAUAUGCUCAAAGACACAUUUCAUUCGAUAGUGCUGUAGCCCUGCGGCAGUUGGAUUACGAACUUUUGGGGUAGUGCAAUAAUAUAAAACAGAGAGAAUAAUUGGAGCGGCACGAGACGGACGAGUUGAUGGUGGGGAGUUGUUAACAAGCCAGGAAAAUUAUGACACGAUCAUCGUGGAGAGCGAGAGCAAAAAAAGGAAUCGACACCGCUUGGGGUUGAGCAACACCAACUAACGAGCAGGAGCGCGGCAAAGUCGAGAGAAGGAGCUUUCGCAGAGAAACACUUCCACCCCACGAGAGCUUUCCUUCACGUCGUGAAAAUGAAAAUGUGGAAAUUGUGGCAAUGGAAGCAAAUUACAAUUGCGUGGACUCUCCUCACAAUUCUGCAGAUGCUCAUCAACCGAGUGCUAUGCUUAAAGGAUCUCAAGAUAUCUGUACCAGAAGCUGUAGCUGAUGGAGACACAGUGACGCUAUCUUGCCAGUAUGACCUAGAAAAUGAUGCACUGUAUCUGGUGAGAUGGUACAGGGACGCAGAGGAGUUCUAUCGAUACGUUCCGAAGGAGGAGCCGCCGGCCAGAGUCUUCGAGAUUGCUGGUGUCUCUGUCGAUUUGAAAAAGUCUGACGCCAACAACGUAACAAUAAGAUCCUUGACGAGAAACCACACCGGCACGUAUCAGUGCGAAGUGUCCGCCGAUGCUCCGCUCUUUCACACUGAACAUCAAUCAGCCAAGAUGAUGGUGGCCAGACUGCCGGAGUCUCAGCCGGUAAUGUCGCUGUUCGGCGUGACGGCAGACCCGGCAGGACGGCGGGUGGUUCAGCACGGUGACCGCUUCAAAGCCAGCUGCAUCUCAGGACCUUCAUAUCCGCCUGUCAAUUUCACAUGGAGAAUAAAUGGUGUCAAAUAUCCGUCCUCCACGUCGGGUUUCCGGGACACAGGAGUCGUGCGAUCGUGGGAGACAAGAGAAGCCUUCUCUGAGCUGCUGGUGAAUGUGGACAGCGUCCUGAGUGGUGCCCACUCAUCCCACCAAGGUCACCUGUUUGUGAUUCACCCACACCCGCGUCGGAGUCUCCAUUUGCGGUGCGAGACGAACAUCUUCACGCUCUAUCGCGGAGCAGCCGAGAUGGAGCUGGAGGUGCAGGAGGAAAACCCACCGACUUACGGUGGCAAAGUGAGUCCCACGACAGAUCAGCGUGGCGGCGGAAAUCGCGGUGAUCCGGACAAUUCUGCCCUCACCGGGAGCGCCAUCCUCCUCGGUGGCUGCCACAAGUGUCUGGUCUUCCGCAUAAUUCUGUUCUGGCUUGUGAUUGUCUUCUGUCUCUUAUAA